UUUUUCGCAGCGCGGGCGGAAAGAACAGUAAGAGGAGCGGAUAAGCUGAGAAGCCGAAAAACAGAGGACUGAAGCGAGAAAACCGAAUCAAAAGGCACACAACGCUGACCAGAAUCGUGAAUUAUACGAAAAUAAGAAUCCAUAAAAUGCGGAGUGUGCAAUUCCAAAUAAAUAACCGAGUAUUAUUAUAUAAAAAAUAAUGCAAAAUUUGUCAAGUGUCGACGGCCAAAGUUGCUCAAUAUGAGCCAAAAAAGCAGCAGCGACCACGACGGCAAUUCAGCUGCCCCACAACAACAACAACAGCGACUGCAACUGCAACUGCAACAGCAACAACAGCGAAUGAAAAUCGGAAGAGUGCAGCAACACAAAUGAUGCAUAUAUGAAUGAAAAGAGAAAAUCAAAAUAGCAAAAAGAAAUCCAGCCAAAAGAUAAAAAAAAAAUUUUUUCCUCCCCUCUAAUUGCCUGGCAAUAUCUAAUUGUUUAUAUAAAUAUAUAUAUAUAGCAUUGCCAUCUUCAUAUAUAUUUAUUAUAUAUGUAAAUGUAUUAUAUAUUUGUGUAUCUGUGUGUGUAUUUUCGUGUGCAUUCCAUCCAUUAAUUCUAUAACUUAAUCUAUAAAAAAAAAACAAAAAAUUCAAAAUAAAAAAAAAAAACCAAAAAAUCCCAAACAAACAAUCAAACUAAAUCGCAUGUGAAACGCGUGAAACAAAUGAACAAAUAAUUUACAAUUUACAAUUCACACACACCGUGCAACAAACACAACAAUCUGAACCACAAACCGUGCACCAAAAUGGCGGACAUCAUGCGUCCGCCGUACAGUGAGAUCAAACGGCCGGACGAAAUCGUCAGAAUGACAACCGCCGACAAUCUCAAGUUCGCCGUCCUCAUCGGCCUCAUCGAGGUUGGCCAGGUGACCAACCGGGAGGUGGUCAACACCGUUCUGCAUUUGCUGGUCGGCGGUGAAUUCGAUAUGGAAUUGAAUUUUGUGAUACAGGAUGCGCAGAAUAUCAAACAUAUGCUGGAGCUGCUGGAUCAUUGUCCGCCCAAUUUGCAGGCGGAGAUUUGGAGCGUAUUCAUCGCCAUCCUGCGCAAAAGCGUACGCAAUCUGCAGGCCUGCACCGAUGUUGGCCUAAUCGAGCAUGUCCUUGUCCGCCUGCAACGCUCCGAAACGGUUGUGGCAGACCUGCUCAUCGAGAUGCUGGGCGUGCUGGCCAGCUAUAGCAUAACGGUGAAGGAGCUGAAGCUACUCUUCGGAACGAUGAAGGCCACCAAUGGCAAGUGGCCGCGCCACUCGGCCAAGUUGCUCAACGUCCUCCGGCAGAUGCCACAUCGCAACGGACCGGACGUCUUCUUCAGCUUUCCGGGCCGCAAGGGAUCGGCCAUGGUCCUGCCGCCGCUGGCCAAAUGGCCCUAUGAGAACGGAUUCACCUUCACCACCUGGUUCCGUCUGGAUCCCAUCAAUUCGGUGAAUAUCGAACGUGAGAAGCCCUACCUCUACUGCUUCAAGACAUCGAAGGGCGUGGGCUAUACGGCGCACUUUGUGGGCAAUUGCCUCGUCCUCACCUCGAUGAAGGUCAAGGGCAAGGGCUUUCAGCAUUGUGUCAAAUACGAAUUCCAGCCACGAAAGUGGUACAUGAUUGCCAUAGUGUAUAUAUACAAUCGUUGGACGAAAAGCGAAAUCAAGUGCCUCGUUAAUGGACAGCUGGCCUCUUCAACGGAGAUGGCCUGGUUUGUUUCCACAAACGAUCCCUUUGACAAGUGCUACAUUGGAGCCACCCCCGAGUUGGACGAGGAGCGCGUGUUCUGUGGCCAAAUGUCGGCGAUCUACCUUUUCAGCGAGGCACUGACCACGCAGCAGAUCUGCGCGAUGCACCGUUUGGGUCCCGGCUACAAGUCGCAGUUCCGAUUUGACAACGAGUGCUAUCUGAAUCUGCCGGACAAUCACAAGCGGGUGAGUCACUUUCAACUUCUGCCAGCGACCUUGGGGGCAUCAGCACUGUCGGGCGGCAGUGGGAGUGGCACCGGAAGCGGCAGCGGCAACGAUGCAUCAGCUGCAGCGGCAGCGGCUAUUGCCGCCGGUCAGCAACAGCAGUUGCAGCUGCAGUUCCAAAUCCUGGCCGCCGAGCAAGAGGCGCGUGCCAUCGAUUGGUCCGAUGAGAAGCUCGAUUUGAAUGCGGCAUUUGUGAAAAUUCGAGCGGUUCUCACCGCCCGCAAUGCAGUGACCUUAGCUGGCAGCAGCAGCGGCACUGGCACUACUGCUGCAGUAGCCACUGCCGCAGCAGCAGCAGCAGCGGGAGCGGGAGCAGGAACAACUGCUGCAGCAACAUCUGCAGCAGCAGCAGCGGCGGCGGCGGCAACACAAAAUGAGAAUGAUGCAGCAGUGGGACAGCAGCAACAUGCAACACAACAUCACCAUGCCACAGCAACAACUGGCAGUGCGGAUGAUCCGCUUGGCCAUUUGCCCACUGGAAAUGCUUCUUCUUUUGAGCAACUCCGUCGAAUGUCCAGUGUGAGCAGCUUGAACUCAAUGGUCGGAAGCGCCGACACUGAGGAGGUCAACCAGCUGAAAGCUGUGCUGUACGAUGGCAAACUAUCGAAUGCCAUUGUGUUCAUGUACAAUCCGGUGGCCACCGAUGGUCAGUUGUGUCUGCAGUCGUCGCCCAAGGGAAACGUUUCAUAUUUCGUGCACACGCCGCAUGCGCUGAUGUUGCAGGAUGUGAAGGCCGUGGUCACGCACUCGAUACACUGCACCCUCAAUUCGAUUGGCGGCAUCCAGGUGCUAUUCCCGCUUUUCUCGCAGUUGGACAUGGCCCACGAGGGUCUGGGCGACAUUAAGCGGGAUCCCACGCUGUGCUCCAAGCUGCUGGGCUUCAUCUGUGAACUGGUGGAAACAUCGCAGACGGUGCAGCAGCACAUGAUCCAGAACCGGGGCUUCCUGGUCAUCUCGUUCAUGCUGCAGCGCUCCUCCCGCGAACACCUGACUCUCGAAGUCCUGGGAUCCUUCCUGAAUCUGACCAAGUAUCUGGUCACCUGCCUGUCGGCCAACAGUGAUCUGCUGCUCAAACAGUUGUUCUGUUUCUCGUUUCUUACGUGGCAGCUGCUGGACCACGUCCUCUUCAACCCAGCCCUGUGGAUAUACACACCCGCCAAUGUCCAGGCGCGACUGUACUCCUACUUGGCCACCGAGUUCCUCUCGGACACGCAGAUCUACAGCAAUGUGAGGAGGGUCAGCACCGUCCUGCAGACAGUGCACACCCUGAAGUACUACUACUGGGUGGUCAAUCCGCGGGCUAAGAGCGGCAUCAUUCCCAAGGGACUGGAUGGACCUCGUCCGGCUCAAAAGGACAUCCUGGCCAUCCGGGCAUACAUCCUGCUGUUCCUGAAGCAGCUCAUCAUGAUCGGCAAUGGCGUGAAGGAGGACGAGCUGCAGAGCAUACUCAACUAUCUGACCACCAUGCACGAGGACGAGAACCUGCACGACGUGCUGCAGAUGCUCAUCUCGCUGAUGUCGGAGCAUCCCAGCUCCAUGGUACCUGCCUUUGAUGUGAAGCACGGCGUGCGCAGCAUCUUCAAGUUGCUGGCGGCCGAAAGUCAGUUGAUUCGGCUUCAGGCCCUCAAGCUGCUGGGCUUCUUCCUUUCCCGCAGCACCCACAAACGCAAGUACGAUGUGAUGUCACCACACAAUCUGUAUACCCUUUUAGCGGAGCGACUGCUUCUCUACGAGGAAUCACUAUCCCUGCCCACAUACAAUGUUCUCUACGAGAUCAUGACGGAGCACAUCUCGCAGCAGAUUCUAUACACACGCCAUCCGGAACCAGAGAGUCAUUACCGUCUGGAAAAUCCAAUGAUCCUCAAGGUGGUGGCCACGCUGAUCCGGCAAUCAAAGCAGACGGAAUCGCUGAUCGACGUGAAGAAGCUAUUCCUGCAGGAUAUGACCCUGUUGUGCAAUAGCAAUCGGGAGAACCGGCGCACCGUGCUCCAGAUGUCCGUGUGGCAGGAGUGGCUCAUUGCGAUGGCCUACAUUCAUCCAAAGAGCAGCGAGGAGCAGAAGAUAAGCGACAUGGUGUACUCCCUAUUCCGCAUGCUGCUCCACCAUGCCAUCAAGCAUGAAUACGGUGGCUGGAGAGUUUGGGUAGAUACCCUGGCAAUCGUCCACUCCAAGGUGUCUUACGAGGAGUUUAAGCUCCAGUUUGCCCAGAUGUACGAGCACUACGAGCGCCAGCGAACGGACAAUAUCACAGAUCCUGCCCUGCGACAGGCUAGACCCAUCAGCACGAUCAGUGGUUGGGAGCGAGAGGAGCUGCAUCACCAGCAGAACGGUGGAUCUACAGCAGCAGUGGCUCCCAAUCAAACGGCGGCUGUCAAAGGUUCUGUUUCGAUUGCCUCACUGGAAGAUGUGCCUCCGGUGGUUGAGGAAGAGGUGGAGGAACUGGAGCUGGAGGAAGUGGAGAUCCAAGAGGGUCCCAUAAGCGAAGAAACCGAACCAAAAUCGGUGAUAGCCAACAUUUCCGACGUCUACAACGAGCAACUCAAAACCGAUGCCACGUGCAAUGGUAAUUUGGAGGAUGUCAAAGAGGAGGAGCCUGCGCAACAGCAAGCCGGAGACCUGGAGAAGCAACCGGAGCCAUCUACUCCUUUGGGAGCUCUCAGGGAAACCCUACAACUUGGUGAUGACAUGGAUGUGGAAGAACUGGAGUUGGCUACCGCCAAGGAUGCCCUCAAUGCGGAACAGCAUGUGUCGCGAGUUCUCCAGGCUUCUGAAGCGGCACUCAACGAUUGCAAAAUGGCCGUCGAUGAUGUCCUGCAGGAGUCAUCCUCCGUCCUCAAGGACGAGGAGAUCGAACUGGCCGUCAACGAGGUCGUUCAGGGUGUGCUCAAUAACGAGAAGAAAACGCAAUCCCAAGACAACAAGGAUAGCAAGGAACAGCCGGGCGAACAGGAUGUAAACGUCAGUCUCCUGAACAGCAAGAAUCUGCUCAACAAUAAUAAUAAUAACAAUAACAACAGUCCGAGUCCAACGCCCACAACGGCGACUGCGACGGCGGAGACGGAAGCGCAAACGGAAGUCAAUGCCAAUGAGAUCGUGAGCAGCACAGAGGCGCCCAAGGCGGAAACGGAAACGAGCGUAGCACCGGAAGUAGAAACACCGGAAACGGCCAAGCCAAGCCCCAUCGUCCCCAGCCCCGUAUUAGCAACCAAUCAAAAGACUGAAGAUGCAGCCAACAAGCUGAACAACAACGAGAAGCUGGCCGAGAUCAGCACGAGUCCCGAGCCACCCGCUGUGGUGGAAACGCCAGAAGCUGAUCUUCUUCAGCUUUCCGAUUCCGAAUCGAAACCGAAUAAGGAAACCGAAGCAGAGGAUUCGGUUGCGCUGGCCGUUAGAGAUAUUGUCGAGCAACUCAUCGACAAGGUCAUCGAUGCCACGGAAGCGGAAUCGGCCAGCGAAACCAAAACGGAAACUAACAAUAAUGAGAUACCCAAGAAGGAGAAGCAGACGUCAGAAGAGCCUGAGAAUGUGGAAACUCCAGAGAGUUUGGCCGCUGCCGCCGAGGAAAUUGUCCAAGAGGUUGUGGAAGCAGCUCUCGUAAUGGUCCAAGAGGAGAGCCCUCCAGAGGAGCCAGAAGAGAGGGUGAAUUCCCAAGAAGAGGCAAAUGAAAUUGGCAAGGAAGAGGUUCUUCUGCAGCUGGAGGAAAAACCAGCGUCUACUGAGCUGCAGGAAGCAAAGAUAGAAGAAGAUCUAAAGAAACCAGAAGAUCCAAAAGCCGACAGCUCUGUAGAACCAAAGACCCCGAAGCUUGAGGAACCGAAACCCCAGGAAACUGAGCAACAAAAGUCCCAGGAGGUCGCCGAAGAACUACCUCAAAAACCAGAGGAGCAAGUGGUGGCCAUUGUCAACCAAGUCCUGGACACUCUGGUAGACGAUACGGUCAAGGCGGUGGCAGCUGAGCAAACCACUCAAACAUCGCCAGCCCCCGAAGAGCAAUCGCCGCAAAUACUGGCAAUGGAAUCACCAGCAGCGUCGGUGCGGGUCAAACCCACUGAGGUGGAUUCCACCACCCAGACUACGCCAAAGAACGAGGCCGGAUCCAGUCUAUUGGUUGAGCAGGUGCAGCAAGUCCUCCUGGAGGAUGACGCUCAACAAUCAGCAGGCAUGACCAUCGAAGAUGAGGAAUACUCUAAUCAGCAGGCAGCUGCGGCAGUUGAAAAUGCCAACAGCAGCCAAUUGGAUGCCAAUCAUUAUGGUCCCGGUAAUCCAGAAUCCAAACAACAGCAACAGCGCUCCAAAUCGGGAUCGACCCGACCUAUGUUCAGUCCGGGUCCAACGCGUCCGCCCUUCCGAAUACCGGAAUUCAAGUGGUCCUACAUCCAUCAGCGACUGCUCAGCGAUGUCCUCUUUUCGCUGGAAACGGACAUUCAGGUGUGGCGCAGUCAUUCGACCAAAAGCGUCCUGGACUUUGUCAACUCCAGCGAGAAUGCCAUUUUUGUGGUGAACACGGUGCAUUUGAUAUCGCAACUGGCGGAUAACCUGAUUAUUGCCUGUGGAGGAUUGCUGCCUCUUUUGGCCAGCGCCACGUCACCCAAUUCCGAAUUGGAUGUGCUGGAGCCCACGCAAGGCAUGCCUUUGGAGGUGGCCGUGUCUUUCCUGCAGCGUCUGGUCAACAUGGCGGAUGUCCUGAUCUUUGCCACAUCCCUGAACUUCGGCGAGUUGGAGGCGGAGAAGAACAUGUCCAGUGGUGGCAUUCUGCGUCAGUGCCUGCGAUUGGUUUGCACCUGUGCGGUAAGGAAUUGCUUGGAGUGCAAGGAGCGAACGCGCUACAAUGUGGGCGCCUUGGCGAGAGAUGUCCCUGGUGCAGCCCAUUUGCAGGCCCUCAUCCGCGGAGCUCAGGCAUCGCCCAAGAACAUUGUCGAGUCAAUAACCGGUCAAUUAUCGCCUGUCAAGGAUCCCGAGAAGCUGCUCCAGGACAUGGACGUCAAUCGCCUGCGCGCAGUCAUUUAUCGCGAUGUGGAGGAGACUAAGCAGGCGCAGUUCCUCUCGCUGGCCAUAGUGUACUUCAUAUCGGUGCUGAUGGUGUCCAAGUAUCGUGAUAUCCUGGAGCCGCCGGCAGAGCCGCAGAUCCAGCGUCAAUCGCCAGUGCUGCAACGCACGGCAGGCGGCGAAGCCGCCAGUGCGCGUCCUUUGUUCCCCCAAUGGUCGCAUCAUGUUUACCCGCAAUUCCUGCCCGAAUCGCACCAGAAUCACAACAGCAACAUGCAACACCAGCAGCAGCAGCAGCAACACUACUACCAGCAACAGCAGCAACAGCAGGUUGCCCACAAUCAUAGCCAUCAUCACAUGACUGCCGCUUACUACCAACAGCAGCAACAGCAGCAACAGCAGCAGCAGCAACACCAGCAAGUUGCUGCAGGACAGCAGCAGCAGCAGCAUUCGCCCACUCCUCUGGCCACACAUUCGACCAGCUCCUCGGCCAGUUCCACGGCCACAUCUCAGCCAGCGUCGAGCUCCUCGCUCUCCAGUCUGGCAUCCCAGAGUCAGCAGCAAUCGCAUCGCCAGCUGCACAAGCAGCAACAGCAGCCACAUUACCAUCCACAUCAACCGCACUAUGGAUUGAUCAACGGGCACCAGCAACAUCCGCAGCUGAAUGGUAAACAUUAUGCGGAAAAUGGAUCGACAGCGGGAUACCAUCCGCAUUCGCAUCCACAUCCGCACGGUGGUUAUAUGCGAAAUGGUGAUUCGUCGACUGUGCAACAGAAUGGUAUGCCGGACUAUCAGGCAGUGGGUCUGAUGAAUGGUCAUGGCUCUGGUGGAACGGGUAAUAACAAUAACUCCAGCCUGAUGAACAACAUGCGAAAUCUGCGAAAUGGCGGAGCUAACUCAUCAUCUUCGCCACCGCCGGGAAGCCAUCAAGGUAUCCCAGGUGUUGCAACAGCGGGAGCUGUUAAUGCAAAUGCUGCUGUUGGUGUUGGCAUGGGCGGAGCCGUGGGUGUGGGCAUGGGGGGCGUGCCAGGGGGCUUGGAUGGAGGCGUGGCCUACAAGACGAGCAACAUAAAUAAUAAUUAUCGCUACAAUGGACGCAACGCAUCCGCUGGAACAGGUGGUCGUCAAAUCCAGGAUAGUGACUACGAAAUAAUUGUCGUCGAUGAGAACAAUCCAUCGGUUUUGGCGGAUAAUGAUUCACAUUCCAGUGGACCACCAUCCAUAAAGGCCAACCAGACAGCAACAAUAGCAACAACAACUACUACAACAACAACAACAACAACCCAUAUUAACAACAACAACACUAAGACAACAACAUCAAUCGCUCCAACAGCAACAAUUAAAAUUCAGCAACAACCAUUGUCACCACCAAAGCCGUUGGUGCCACAAAAAUUGCCAAAGAGCGUUGACUCGGAUGUGGGCUCCCUGAACAUGAACUCCACGGAAAACGAAGUGCCCGAAGUGGAGUCAUCCAGCGAGAUCCUAAUCGAUGACCACAAACCGAGUCACUCGAACGACGAAAGCUGGACGGAUGUGAAUCUCAACGAGGAUGCGGCCGUUCAGGCGGCAAGUGCCGGAAUAGUUGUGGGUUUGGUGGAUAACGGAGGUAAUGUUAUAUCCGACAAACACGAUCUGUCCCAUCACAACCAACAACAGCAGCAGCAGGCGGGAAUCAUUGGUCAGCAGCAGCAACAUGGAUCACUUGGUCAUUCGGAGCGGGGUGACAAGCCCGAUUCGGAGAUUUCGGUAGUGCGAGUGCCUGAUGGUUAUGGUGGUGCUGGUUCCGGUGGCGUGAAUUCCGGACAAGGUCAGGGCGUUCCACCCAAUCAGCGUCCUCGUCCCGAGGAGUUGCCCAUGAAGGCGCCCGCCUUGGUGGCCCAGCUGCCGCUGACCACACCUUCGCGAGAGGCCAGUCUCACCCAGAAGCUGGAAAUCGCAUUGGGGCCAGUGUGUCCGCUGCUCCGUGAAAUCAUGGUGGACUUUGCUCCGUUCCUUUCGAAAACCCUAGUAGGCUCCCAUGGCCAGGAAUUGCUGAUGGAGGGCAAGGGUCUGACGACCUUCAAGAACUCGCAUUCCGUCGUGGAGCUGGUCAUGUUGCUCUGCUCUCAGGAGUGGCAAAACAGCCUGCAGAAGCACGCAGGAUUGGCCUUCAUUGAGCUGAUCAAUGAGGGUCGCCUGCUUUCGCACGCCAUGAAGGAUCACAUUGUUCGGGUGGCCAAUGAGGCGGAGUUCAUUCUCAAUAGAAUGCGAGCGGAUGAUGUCCUCAAGCAUGCCGACUUUGAAUCGCAAUGUGCACAGACCCUUUUGGAGCGCAGGGAGGAGGAGCGAAUGUGCGAUCACUUGAUAACCGCCGCACGUCGCAGGGACAAUGUGAUUGCCAGCCGUCUCUUAGAGAAGGUACGAAACAUCAUGUGUAAUCGCCACGGAGCCUGGGGCGAUUCCAGCUCCACAUCCAGUGGUGGCGCCAUCGUUGGAGCGGUGCAAAAGAGUCCUUACUGGAAGCUGGAUGCCUGGGAGGAUGAUGCCAGACGUCGGAAACGGAUGGUGCAGAAUCCGCGCGGAUCCUCGCAUCCACAGGCCACACUGAAGGCGGCUCUGGAAAAUGGCGGACCUGAAGACGCCAUCCUGCAGACUCGCGACGAGUUCCACACCCAAAUAGCCGUCUCGCGGACUCAUCCCUCGGGUCAGCACAAUGGUGAGCUACUGGACGACGCCGAGCUCUUGAUUGAGGAUCGCGAGUUGGAUCUGGACCUCACGGGUCCCGUCAACAUCAGCACCAAGGCGAGAUUGAUAGCACCCGGUCUGGUGGCACCCGGCACUGUCUCAAUAACCAGCACUGAAAUGUUCUUCGAGGUGGAUGAAGAACAUCCCGAGUUCCAGAAGAUCGAUGGCGAAGUUCUCAAGUACUGUGACCAUUUGCACGGCAAAUGGUACUUCUCCGAAGUGAGGGCCAUCUUCUCGAGGCGAUAUCUCCUGCAAAAUGUGGCCCUCGAGAUCUUUUUGGCCAGCCGUACGUCCAUACUAUUUGCCUUUCCCGAUCAGCAUACGGUCAAGAAGGUAAUCAAGGCCCUGCCCCGUGUGGGAGUGGGCAUCAAGUAUGGGAUACCGCAGACGAGGAGGGCCUCCAUGAUGUCGCCCCGUCAACUGAUGCGCAAUUCGAACAUGACCCAAAAGUGGCAGCGUCGCGAGAUAAGCAACUUUGAGUAUCUUAUGUUCCUGAACACGAUCGCCGGCAGGACGUACAACGACCUAAAUCAGUAUCCAAUCUUUCCGUGGGUGCUGACCAACUACGAGUCCAAGGAUUUGGAUCUCAGCCUGCCGUCGAACUACAGGGAUCUGUCGAAACCGAUUGGCGCCCUGAAUCCAUCGCGCAGAGCCUAUUUUGAGGAGCGUUACGAGAGCUGGGACAGUGACACCAUACCGCCCUUCCACUAUGGUACGCAUUAUUCCACGGCAGCAUUUACGCUGAACUGGUUGGUGCGCGUGGAACCGUUUACCACCAUGUUCCUGGCCCUGCAGGGCGGCAAGUUUGAUUAUCCCGACAGGCUGUUCAGCUCGGUGUCGCUGUCCUGGAAGAAUUGCCAGCGUGAUACAUCGGAUGUGAAGGAACUGAUACCAGAAUGGUAUUUCCUGCCCGAAAUGUUUUACAAUUCAUCGGGCUAUCGACUGGGUCAUCGCGAGGAUGGUGCCCUGGUGGAUGACAUUGAACUGCCACCCUGGGCCAAGAGCCCCGAGGAAUUCGUGCGCAUCAAUCGCAUGGCACUGGAGUCGGAGUUCGUGUCCUGCCAGCUGCACCAGUGGAUCGAUCUGAUCUUUGGCUACAAGCAACGCGGUCCCGAGGCCAUUAGGGCAACCAACGUGUUCUACUAUUUGACAUAUGAGGGCAGCGUUGACUUGGAUGGCGUUUUGGAUCCGGUGAUGCGCGAAGCGGUCGAGAAUCAAAUCCGCAACUUUGGCCAAACGCCUAGUCAACUGCUGAUGGAACCGCAUCCGCCGCGCAGCUCUGCGAUGCAUCUAUCGCCUAUGAUGUUCAGUGCGAUGCCGGAGGAUCUCUGUCAGAUGCUCAAGUUCUAUCAGAACUCACCAGUCAUUCACAUCUCGGCCAACACCUAUCCGCAACUGUCGUUGCCAUCUGUGGUCACGGUAACGGCGGGUCAUCAGUUUGCGGUGAAUCGAUGGAACUGCAACUACACCGCCUCCGUCCAGAGUCCCAGCUACGCCGAAUCGCCCCAAUCGCCGGGUUCCAAUCAACCACUGACCAUCGAUCCAGUUCUGGCUGUUCAUGGCACCAACAACAAUAGCAAUGCGGCCAGCCGACGUCAUUUGGGCGAUAACUUUAGCCAGAUGCUCAAGAUACGCUCCAACUGCUUUGUUACCACAGUGGACAGUCGGUUCCUAAUCGCCUGCGGAUUCUGGGACAAUAGUUUCCGGGUCUUUGCCACCGAAACGGCGAAAAUCGUGCAGAUUGUAUUCGGUCACUUUGGCGUGGUGACGUGCAUGGCACGUUCCGAGUGCAACAUCACCUCAGACUGCUACAUAGCCUCCGGAUCGGCGGACUGCACGGUGCUCCUGUGGCACUGGAAUGCCCGAACCCAGAGCAUUGUGGGCGAGGGCGAUGUGCCCACACCUCGGGCCACCUUAACGGGUCACGAACAGGCCGUGACAUCGGUGGUGAUUAGUGCCGAGUUGGGUCUGGUUGUCUCUGGAUCAUCAAAUGGACCCGUACUUAUCCAUACGACUUUUGGCGACCUGCUGCGCUCACUGGAUCCACCAGCGGAGUUCCAUUCCCCGGAACUGAUAACCAUGUCCCGCGAGGGCUUCAUUGUCAUCAACUACGAUAAGGGCAAUGUGGCCGCCUACACCAUCAAUGGCAAGAAACUGCGCCACGAGACGCACAACGACAAUCUACAGUGCAUGCUACUGUCGCGCGAUGGUGAAUACCUGAUGACCGCCGGUGAUCGCGGCAUCGUGGAGGUGUGGCGCACCUUCAACCUAGCACCACUUUAUGCCUUCCCCGCCUGCAACGCGGGCAUCCGAUCUUUGGCCCUCACCCACGAUCAGAAAUACCUUCUGGCCGGACUUUCGACGGGCUCGAUCAUAGUAUUCCACAUCGACUUCAACCGCUGGCACCACGAGUACCAGCAGCGCUACUAAGUUUGGACACUUCAACAUUGCAGUAACCCACGACUCGCCAGUUAACAGAGGCCAAGGAAGCGGAACCGGAAGCGGAAAGUGAAACAGAAACGGAAAUAAAAUAUAAAAAACGAUCGCAAAGCAACUACAAAGUACUUACAAAAAAAACGGCGCAAGGAGGGCGAAGCGGUUUUUUUCUAUACAGACCUUUACAACUCUAGGCUAGUAAGCAAAACUAUGUUUUUUUUUUGUCUAGUAUUAAUUGUGCAUUAGUGUGUGUUUGGCCAAUGAAAGCCAGUCAAAAAAAAAAUUAACAAAAAAAAAUAGAGAACGGAACAGAACAGAAGAUGCGAACAUUUUUUUUUACUAGAGUUAACGAAAUGUAUGUUAAGUUAUGGCAAAAUGGAGGAGGGCAAAAGCAAAGGUAAAACAAGUAGAAGGUGAUGUAGAAGGAGGAGAAGAAGGAAGCUGGCGGCUUAAGUAAGUAGUUGAAAUAAGACAAAUGAAGUUAGUGUUUAUAAAACGCAAUAAGCAGUUAAUAAAUCUAAAAGUAAAUCAACCUAAAGCUAAUUCCACAUGCAUUAUAAUACCAACGUAGCAAAAGUUCUCAUAAAAGUUUAAACAAAACAAAACGAAACGAAACGCUGCGCAACGCAAAGAUAAAGGGAGAAAAUAAUGAAACUAAGCGGCCAAAAAACGAGAAGACGGUAGAGAAAGCAGAAAGCCAAUUUUUAAUUAUAGCGUUAGUUCUUCGUGACAAAAACACACUCUUCGAACACAGACACUCCAUAACCAUACACACACACACACAAACACAAGGUAACCAAGCAAGGACAAUGCCAAGGCAAUAAAGCUGAUAAAUGGAGCGGAAAGAGGAGGGCAGAAGAAGCAGGAAACGGAAGUGAUGCAAACAGCGGAUACGAGAUAUUUUAGUACACACACGCAUAUGCAUUUGUAGCUAACUAACACACUCAACUCCAAAAAACGCUAACUAAAAUCUAAACAACAGCUAAAUUAUCAACACUGCUGAGAGCCACAGAAAAUAAUAAAUAAACAAGAUAUAUAUAUAUGUAUGUAUAUAUAUAUAUAUAUGCAUCCGCCAACGGAAGCGGAAUAUGCAAAACUUAUCCAAGCGAAAGGCGGCGAUUUCGUUUUUCGUUCUCGUUCCACAAAUAUCACGCAUACGCCAUGCUGCACCGCACGCUAAUUUCGAAACGAGAGCGAAAACAAAUAAAUACAAUCGAUAUAAAAAUAUGGUCUAUAUUCGUUUUUUGUACUCUUUUUUUUCGUUGUUGUUGUAUUUUUUUAUCCUCUUCCGUUGAUUGUUGUUUGUAUUUUUUCUUUAGGCACUAUUCUAUUCAUUAAGUAAAAGUGAGAAAAUUUUCAAUUGCGUCCAAAAAUUAGCCUACUACCCAAGAUCCCAAUUGGCUUCCUCGAAACAAAACCAAUCAAUGUACGUCCAGGCUGAGGUGUUUUAUAUAUGUAUAUAAUGAUAUAUAUAUGUAUAAUUUGACCGCAGAUUCUGCCUUUGAUUUUCCCAAGCGAUUCGCAAACCGAAAAUAAUUCAAAAAACCAAACAAUCCAUCCAUGGCGCACCACUCUGGCACUUACCGAUUAGAUUUGUAUAUAAAGACGAGAGCUAAGGCAAUUACUAUAACCAUACUUCAAGUAUAUAUAGAGUUUACGGCUAGAAACGAACACAUUCGGUUGUAAAAGCGCAAAAGCGAUACAAAUUGAAUCAAGUCCAGCUAAAAGAAACCCUCCCCCCAAAAAUAAUUGGAACUCAAAUAUAUAGGUAUCGUAAAUGUAUGUAUAUGUUGUGUGGAGCUAGAGAUUAAUCCUGUUUUCCAAGCAUACAACUAUAGGGAAACUGAAUUUUCUCCAGCUUUAUUGUUGUGUCUUGGCCCGAUUCGAUUUUGUGCUCGAAGGAAAUAAAAUAAGACAGCUGAUUUUCGAUUAAUUCGCAUCUAUUCUUUUCUCAGGAUUUAAACAUUCCAAAUUUAUUCCCAUUGAAACAGAAUAAAACUUAAUUCGCUUUUAGUACAGACUCGAUUUUUCCACUCUCUGUGUGUACAUAUUUAAAAAGCAUUAUGCAAAUAGCAGCUAAAACGACACAAAAAACAAAAAAAAAAAAACAAAAAACAGGAACCCAGGCAAAUGCAAAAAUUAAAUAAACAUUUAAUAAUAGUACACGCGAUUUUUUUUUUGUGUCCACGAGAGUUAAUUAAAUACCGUAGCGAAGCGAAGGUGACGAAUAAAAUUUACAACUAUUAGUAAUUUAAAUGUUGUACAUAAAUCCAUGGCGAACUGUCCUAAGAGUAAUGUAUUUUUAAAGCCCACUACAAAAAAGCCGGAAGCAAAGCAUUCGAACGGAAGAAGGUAGGACGAAAGGAAUUCAAAUCAAAUCAAAUUAAAGGAAACGCAAUGAAGCGAAAGCGGGAAACUUGAACUCGAUGAGAAAGUCGAGGCGGAAAACUCUCAAUCUCGGAGCAGUAACUACAUUUUUUUAUGCACACAACCGUGUGUAUCUAUAUACGAUAUGGGAUAAAAAGUUUAGCCAUUAACCGAAAUGAUACCGAAUAUUUGAAUAUUAACUGCGGACGCCAACAAUUUUUAAUUACGCACUUUUUAUAGAACUUAGCGAGGAUGAAAAGUGGGAGACGGUAGUCGUAUUAAACAAAACAUAAAUAUAAAUAAAUAAAUUACAUAACGUUUUUAUUAAAAAAAAAAAAAAAACAAACAACAAAAAUGGCUGACAAUUUUAAAUUUAUACAAAACGAAGACUUUACAAAAAGUCAAGUUAUAAAUGAAGGAAAAA